ACACACGCCGGCGCCGGGGACGCCAGCCGCGGGCACCCGCCGGGCAAGAUGCGCUCCUCCUUGGCUCCGGGCAUCUGGUUCCUGCGCGCUUUCUCCAGGGACAGCUGGUUCCGAGGCUUCACCCUGGUGCUCACCUUUCUCAUAUACACCUGCUACCACAUGUCCAGGAAGCCCAUCAGCAUCGUCAAGAGCCGGCUGCACCAGAAUUGCUCAGAGCUCAUCAACCCGGUCAACGACACCCAUAGUUUGAAUGACACCACAUGGUGCAGCUGGAGUCCAUUUGACAAAGAUGACUACAAGGAGCUGCUGGGGGCGGUGGACAACGCGUUCCUCGUGGCCUAUGCCAUUGGCAUGUUUAUCAGUGGGAUUUUUGGGGAGCGGCUCCCCCUCCGUUACUACCUUUCAAGUGGAAUGCUGCUGAGUGGCCUCUUCACCUCCCUCUUCGGCCUGGGAUAUUUCUGGAACAUCCACAUGCUCUGGUACUUUGUGCUCAUCCAGAUCUGCAACGGACUUGUGCAGACCACGGGCUGGCCCUCCGUGGUGACCUGUGUUGGGAACUGGUUCGGGAAGGGGAAGCGCGGGUUCAUCAUGGGCAUCUGGAACUCACACACGUCUGUGGGCAACAUCCUGGGCUCGCUGAUCGCUGGCGUCUGGGUGAACCACCAGUGGGGUCUGUCCUUCAUCGUGCCGGGCAUCAUCACGGCCAUCAUGGGUGUCACCACCUUCCUCUUCCUCAUCGAAUACCCAGAAGAUGUGGACUGCACCCCUCCGCAGCACCAUAGCGAACAAGACAAGGACCAGGACAAUGCUGAGGAUGCUGGGAACAGUCCCUAUGGUCACAGAGACAGCAGCACAGAGAUAUCAGCCAGCUAUUCCAAGGAGCCAGGCCCUGAGCCUGCUGCCAUCAGCUUCCUGGGAGCCCUUAAGAUUCCGGGUGUAAUCGAGUUCUCACUGUGUCUACUCUUUGCCAAGCUGGUCAGCUAUACCUUCCUCUACUGGCUGCCCCUGUACAUCUUCAAUGUGGCUCACUUCAGUGCCAAAGAGGCUGGAGACCUUUCCACGCUGUUUGACGUUGGUGGCAUCAUAGGCGGCAUCAUGGCGGGGCUCAUUUCUGACUACACCAACGGCAGGGCCACCACUUGCUGCAUCAUGCUGAUCCUGGCCGCCCCCAUGAUGUUCCUGUACAAUUACAUAGGCCAGAAUGGGAUUACUAGCUCCAUAGUGAUGCUCAUUAUCUGUGGGAUCCUGGUCAACGGUCCGUAUGCACUCAUCACUACAGCUGUUUCCGCCGACUUGGGGACUCACAAGAGCCUCAAGGGCAACGCCAAAGCCCUCUCCACCGUCACAGCCAUCAUCGACGGCACCGGCUCCAUAGGUGCGGCGCUGGGGCCUCUGCUGGCUGGGCUCAUUUCUCCCACGGGCUGGAACAAUGUUUUCUAUAUGCUCAUCUCUGCUGACAUCCUGGCUUGCUUGCUCCUCUGCCGGCUGGUGUAUAAAGAGAUCGUGGCCUGGAAGGCGGCCCUGGGCAGAAGCAGAGGGUAUAAAGAAAUAUGAGGACUUGAUUGGAAGAGAAGCAUGGAGGGUCCCCACUGGGUCCCCAAAGUGCUUUCCAAGGGCAAGGUAAUGGAAACUUCCACUGACAGCUGAGACAAAGCCUUCUGAUCCAACACCAACCAGCCCAGCCCAGCCCAACUCACGAGCUGUUCAGGGUACAGAAGAUUCUCCAUGGGAAAAGACCAGGCACGAAGAACUGCAAGACUGAGGGCCUGCAGUCUGGGAGCUGCCAGCAGAAGGGAUGGGGAUAAGGGCAGAAACUCACACUCCUGCUUGUUCAGACUCUAAGAAGGAUCGAGGCUUGGCAAGGGUACAUCUUUCUUUCCCUUGUUGAGUUUUUCACUUCUGCAAUCAGUUAUACUACCAGGGGAUAUUUUACUUGUCUCUAAGGUACCUGG